CCCGGCGCGCUCUCGUGGGGGGCCAGACUCUCCGAGGCGGUGCCGCAGGAGACAGAGAGACGGCCGGAGCGGAGUGCGCCGCAACUUUCGCCCGAACGCCAGCGCGGAGGACGUGAUGUUGGGGCUCUCUCGCCAGCUGCCUUGGGCCGCCGCCUGCCUGGCCGCGCUCUGUGUGCUGACCGCGGCUCAGAGCACCUACCCGGCCCCGAACGUGACUGUGAUCACGACUUCAUCGACCACCACCAAGACAGUUGUGACGACGGUGACGACUCUUGCGCCGGUCACCAUUCCAGCACAAGAAAUCUGUGAAAACCACAACAGCUGUGUUUCCUGUUUGAAUGUUAGCCUUGAUACUCCUACUUGCUUUUGGAUAGACUGUAAAGAGAAAAGCUACUGUUCACGUAAUACAACAGUUAGUGAUUGCCGGGUGGUGAAUGGCACACAGUUCUGUUCUGCACCUGAGCCCACUCUGAUGCCAACGAAUUCUACAGCCCAAACCACCACCCUGCCUGCCUCUUCUACAGCCGCCCCCACAGCUACUACACCAGGUACAACUAAUACCACUUUAAGUCCAACUUCACAACCUCGGCGGAAGUCUACCUUUGAUGCAGCCAGUUUCAUUGGAGGAAUUGUCCUCAUCUUGGGUGUGCAGGCUGUAAUCUUCUUUCUCUAUAAAUUCUGCAAAUCGAAAGAACGAAACUACCACACUCUGUAACAGACCCAUUAAAUUAACAAGGACUGGUGUGUAACUCACUGAAACCAAAAUAUUCUCUUUCAAGAUGUCCCACAGGGAAGAUGCUAUUCCAGGAUCUUUACAUGUUCAAAGGAUGCAUAUAGGAUACUUGGGAGCAUCGUCCUCGAAGAAAAGUCACUUAAAUCAUUUUGCUCAACAGGAAUAUUUCAAAUACUCUGCAUGAAUCCUUGUGGCUGUCUUCUUUUAUUUUAAAUGGCUGCUGCUGUGGGAUUAUGUUAUCUCUUCUUGACGUACCAAAUGUAAUUCUGUAAGUGAGGGGAAGCAUCGUCCUGCACAGACAACCUCAUGACUCUUUUGGCAGUUUAAAUUUAGUCAUUUUAAAGCCUGAAAGCUGCAUUAUUGUCAUCCUAUCUCAGGAUGUAGUUUAGUGACCAGAAUUGAGAAGAAUGUGCCAAAUGAGCAUUAAUCGGGUGGACUUUUGGCUGUCCUUUCAAAAGUGGAAUAAAUCUAUAAAUUUAGUAUCCUUAGAGUAACAUUUUGUGCUUGAUGACAGUUAUUUUUUCUACAUUAGAAAUAAGAUGCCACACAGGGAAUUACAUUCCAGAUUUAAAGAAACAAAUAGGAUACAAACCGUUAACAAAUAGCAGGUUAUCGCUCAUACUUGUAAAGCACCUUAAAUCAUUGAGAAAAUAAAGAACAGUGCCUUAAAAGACAGACUGAAAGGUAGACUGUAACUUCAGAUAUUUGUGAUUUGUUCUUUACACAUUAAGGCAGGUAAAGGUUGGUCUAAUGUAACUGUUGACAAGCUGUAGCAAACCUGCUUUUAGUAGAUACCAUACUGUUAGUAUUUAAUUGAAAACUUAACUGUUUUAUUUCAGACCUGAGCAAGUUAAGCUAAAGGAUGUUCUACAGAGUUGAAAGCCUUCAUAUAUUGUACUUCCCAACAUUUUUCUUAGGCUGUUAAAAAG